AGGCUGAAGCAAUCGACUAAGUUAACACUCUCUUCUUUCCGAAGCUCUCUAAUUAAGCUUGAACUUGGAGGAUCAAUGGCGGACGUUCGCACACAUUCACACCAGCUUCAAGUGCACCCUCAACGCCAGCACGAAGGAGGCAUCAAAGUCCUUUAUCCCCAGAGUGGCCCUUCUUCCACUCAGGUGCUAGCCGUAUUUGCGGGUGUACCUGUUGGAGGAACGCUGCUAACCAUAGCUGGUUUGACAUUAGCCGGUUCGGUUAUUGGACUAAUGCUAGCAUUCCCGUUGUUUCUCAUCUUCAGCCCAGUAAUCGUACCAGCAGCCUUUGUGAUCGGUCUAGCUAUGACCGGAUUCUUGGCGUCAGGGGCCAUAGGUCUCACUGGACUAUCAUCCAUGUCGUGGGUACUCAACUACAUCCGCCGGGCAGGAGAGCACAUUCCGGAGGAGCUUGAGGAAGCAAAGCAGCGUUUGGCUGGCAUGGCUGAGUACGUGGGACAAAGGACUAAAGAUGCUGGACAAACCAUAGAAGACAAAGCUCAUGAUGUCCGAGAGACCAAGACUUUUGAUGUUCGAGACCGAGACACCACCAAGGGUAAUGUCCGAGACACCACCAAGACUCACGAGGUUCGAGUGGCGUCUACUUAAAGCGUGUGUAUUGGUGAAUAAAAGGAUCGACUGUGAGUUCUUGAUGUUUGUGUGUUUGUUUUUGCUUGUAAGCUUCUUUUUAGUUUAGUUUUUUUUCUUUUCUUCCUGUAACAAUAAUGUCGGAGACGUUUCUGUAGUUUAUAUCAGUUCUUUGUUGUUUAUUGA